AUGAAUGACAGAAGACGAGUCAAUGGCCCACCAGGGGGUACAAGGCCUCCGGUGUAUGCCUCUUUACUUCAAUCCGGGACUGGUGCCGACACCCGCGCCCAGCGCCAGCGACAACCUUCCGAUCUAAGGAAAAUCUUCCUCAAGACUGGACUGAUUCCUUCGGCCUCGGGCUCCUCAUACCUUGAAUUUGAACCCUCCGCUUCUCUUGCUGCCGCCCGCAGCAAUCCCAAAUCUCUGAUCCCGCCUUCCUCGGCUUUGAAGCUUGCCUGCACAGUCCAUGGUCCGAAACCGCUGCCUCGAUCAGCUCCGUUCUCUCCGAAUCUCGUCUUAACAACCCAUGUCAAGUACGCGCCUUUCGCAGCCCGCAGGCGCAAGGGCCAUGUCCGCGAUUCCAGCGAACGCGACCUGGGUGUCCACCUUGAAACAGCUCUGCGCGGCGCCAUUAUUGCCGAGCGCUGGCCCAAGAGUGGCCUCGAUAUCACUGUUACCAUUCUUGAAGCAGAGGAUGACCGCUGGUGGGGCGAUGUGCCGGACUCACACGAUGCCUCAUGGGGCAUGAUGAAUGUUCUGGCGGGUUGUAUCAGCGCUGCGUCGGCAGCCAUUGCGGAUGCGCAUAUCGAUUCCGAGCACCGCUCCAUUGUCUCUGCUUGUGUGGUGGCAUACAUGCCUGCUCGAGACGAGAUCACAGAGCUUUGGCUCAAGGGUGAUAGCUCCAAGGUCUCUACUGCGGAUGGCGAUCAGCGAAGUGGUCAUGAAGCUUUAAUAGACGGUGCUGUUGAUGCUGCUCGAGGAGCGCAUACCGUUCUGGCAGAAGCUGUGAGGGAGUCACUACAGAAGACACUCGGCCAGUCUUAA